GCGGCGCCCUCGCCCGCCAGGCUCUCCGCCCGCCGCCCGCGCCCGGCCCCGGCGCCCCGGCCCGCCGCCCGCGCUUCAUGGCUGCGCACGAGUGGGACUGGUUCCAACGCGAGGAGCUCAUAGGGCAGAUCAGCGACAUCCGCGUCCAGAACCUGCAAGUCGAAAGGGAAAAUGUGCAGAAGAGGACCUUCACGCGUUGGGUGAACCUGCAUCUAGAGAAGUGCAACCCACCUCUAGAAGUUAAAGAUUUAUUCGUUGACAUACAAGAUGGCAAAAUCCUAAUGGCUUUGUUAGAAGUCCUGUCUGGGCGAAAUCUGCUGCAGGAAUACAAAUCCUCAUCCCAUCGCAUUUUCCGGUUGAACAACAUAGCGAAAGCACUUAAGUUUUUGGAAGAUAGCAACGUUAAACUGGUUAGCAUCGAUGCAGCAGAAAUAGCAGACGGCAACCCCUCUCUGGUUCUUGGGCUGAUAUGGAACAUAAUCCUCUUUUUCCAGAUUAAGGAGCUCACGGGCAAUCUCAGCAGAAACUGUCCAUCUUCCAGCCUGUCACCUGGCUCGGGGGGCACAGACUCCGACUCUUCCUUCCCACCCACGCCCACCGCAGAGAGGAGCCUAGCGAUAGCAGUGAAGGAUCAGAGGAAGGCCAUCAGGACCCUGCUGGCAUGGGUGCAGAGGAAGACGAGGAAGUAUGGCGUGGCGGUGCAGGACUUUGCCGGCAGCUGGAGAAGCGGGAUGGCCUUCCUGGCAGUGAUCAAGGCCAUCGACCCCAGCCUGGUGGACAUGAAGCAGGCCCUGGAAGACUCCAUGCGGGAGAACCUGGAGAAGGCUUUCAGCAUCGCACACGAGGCCCUCCACAUCCCCAGGCUCCUGGAGCCAGAAGACAUCAUGGUUGACACGCCAGACGAGCAGUCUAUCGUGACUUACGUGGCACAGUUUCUGGAACAUUUCCCGGAGCUGGAGGCCGAAGAUUUCAUGGAUUCAGAUAAAGAAGCCCCUAUCGAAUCCACCUUUGUCCGCAUCAAAGAAACUCCCUCUGAACAGGAAAGCACAGUGCUCCUUCUGACUGAAAACGGGGAGCGAGCCUACACUGUUAACCAUGAGGCCAGCCAACCACCACCCUCCAAAGUCUUUGUCUGUGACAAGCCCGAGAGCGAGAAAGAAUGCUUCCUCAGUGGUGUGUCCAGCCAUGCACUGUCAGACAGCUCCCCCGAGUUCACGCCCCAGAUCAUCGACCAGGCCCCCCAAGGGGUCCCAGGUAAGGCCAGCAGCACCAAUGACCCACCUCCAGAUUCUUCCAUUUUAUCAUCCAGAAAGGACAGCCGGAGGUCCAACUCUUUACCCAUCAAGAAAACUGUGCACUUCGAGGCUGACACCUACAAGGAUGCUUCCUGCAGUAAGGACCCUUUCUACAGUCAAGACCUUCGCUUUGAAGGGAGCCCAAGAGGGACAAAGGACUCAUUGCCAAAGCAGGAUGGGUACAUCCUGGCAGUUGAGACUGCUGAGGAAAAGCCAAAACAGGAGGUUCCAAAAGGUUCGGAAGCAGCCUCUGAUGAGUCCCCAGGUGACAUCUCUUUGGUGGAUGGUAAGAUCAAUCAUUCGCAGACUGCCCAGAGUUCUCCCUCCUGGAACGGGGCGCCAGAGGGUGCGGCCAGCCCCAGGGAGGAGAGUUGUCCGCUUUCACCCUUUGGGGACAACACUGUUAUGGCUGAUUCCUUGGAGAUCAAGGUCAAGCUGCUGACCGUAGAAGCUAUGAGUAACGAAGACGAUUAUGAAGAUGUUCCUUUAAAAGCCUCUACAUUUAACAACGACCUCAUAGAUUUUGCCUCAACCAGCCAGGCUUUCAAGGAGGUUCCUUGGCCUCAGGAGAAAAAACCAGCAGAGGAUGAGGUUUUGGAGAAUCAGUCUGAGAAACUGGGGAAGAGGAGAAGUAAGUCUGCGCACCAGAGGAAAGGUUCGGAUGAGUCCCCGGAGAGGCCCAGUAAGCUUGAACCUCACAAGGACCCCAGGCAAGAAGACCAAGACCAUUCUCUGGCCCUAGGAGAGGCGCCUGCUGAUAAGAAGCCAGAGGUGUACGAGAAGCCCAAGAGGAAGUCCGCACGCCGCCAUCUGGACGAGGACGAAGGGGAGGUUGUGGGGCUGCAGGGGCCGGAAGGGGAGGCGCCCUCCGAGCCUCCGAGCAGCAGCGUCAGCCUAGAGACCCUGCACAGUCGCAGCGAGGUGGGCCUGGACUUCAAGCCCUCCCCGCCGCUGUCCAAGGUCUCCGUCAUCCCCCACGAGCUAUUCUACUACCCGCACUAUGAGGUGCCCCUGGCUGCGGUUCUGGAGGCUUAUGCAGAGGGCGCGGAGGACUUGAAAAACGAAGACCUGGAUCUUGAGGAGCCGGACGGUUAUCUGUGUGAUGUGGGGGCCAGGGACGAGGCCGAGGAGGCCGAGGAGGCCGAGGAGGUCGAGGAGGCCGAGGAGGCCGAGGUGUCUCAAAGCAGCUGCAGCUUCUCAGGGCUGGGCGAGGAUGUCCCCGAGGCCAGUUUCCCCGCAGUGCCAUGUCCCACUGGGGGUGUGGAAAACACCAGACUGACCUCAGAACCUGCCGACCUGUCCCCACCAGAUGACCACCAGCAAGGGGAGGCCGAAGACAGUUCCCAUGUGGAGAACCAGCAGAAGAGUGAGCAUUUGAAUCUUCAGACCCUGGAGAGCAUCCUGGGAGGGCUUGACGUGCAGGAAACAAAGUCCCAGGAAUUCGGAAACCAGGGAAACUUAGCGAACUCUUUAGAAGAAAAGGUAAUGGGAGAAACGAUCAGCAGUAAAAAAAAGGAGAAAAGGAAGCAUGUGGACCACGUAGAAAGUUCCAUAUUUAUAGCACCCGGCAGCGUCCGAUCCUCAGAGGACCUAGAAGAAGACCCUGGCGACCACAAAGUCCUCUCCAGGACUAGUCACAGUGACUCCAGCAUUUACAUUCGACGACAUACUAACAGGUCUUUGGAAUCGGAUCAUGUUAGCUAUGUUCAGUUGAGGAACGCAGCAGAUCUGGAUGACAGAAGAAACCGAACGUUAACCAGGUACAAUACUCAGAAGCUCACUGAGCUGAUUUUACAGUUUUAUGGCAUCAGAGCAGACAUGAAGAGGGAGUACAAACAUGCCAGGAUGUCUAUGAGGGCCAACAACUCUGGCGAAGCCACAUUGCUAGAGAGCCAGAGGCCCCAGAGCGACUCUCUGACACAGUUUGUCCAGCAGCCGGAUAUGAUGUAUUUUAUUCUCUUCCUCUGGCUCCUGGUUUACUGCCUGCUGCUGUUCCCACAGCUGGACGUCAACAGACUCUGAUGCGCGUGUCUGCAUAAUAAAAAUCCACAAGCCCCUGAGCAGGGGGCGGGAGCUUU